GCGAUCGGGAAGAAAAUCAUGACUCGGAAAGUUCUGACGGACCUCCGAACGAAAGUAACUUCCAUGCGGGAUGAGCUGAUCGCCAAAGAAACCGCACGGCUGAAGGAAGAGAACGAGGCGCUCGCCUCGGAAUGUGAGCACUACCGGCAGCAGCUCAUCAAAGCGGAAAUCAGCAACGGGAAACCGCAGUAUUCUGUGCCAUCGGUUCGAUGUUCGGCGGGCGAUUCCGCAACUGCGCCUCCUGCGCCGAAAGUUGUCCCGACCACGAAAGCCGAGACCCAGCAAUCUUCGGACGGGCCCCAAGUCCAACCUAAACGGGAAAAAGAAAAGAGUGCCAAGAAAGUGAAAGAUGCACCGAAGAACGACGCCCCCAAAGCCGAGGAGCCCGUUUGCGUCUCCCAAUUAGACUUGCGAGUCGGUCUCAUCACGAAUGUGGAGAGACAUCCGGACGCUGAUGCGCUCUACCUCGAGCAGAUCGAUGUCGGCGAAGCGAAGCCGCGAACCGUCAUCUCUGGCCUGGUGAAGUUUGUCCCCAUCGAGGCGAUGCGAGAUCGUAUGGUCGUCGUUAUGUGCAAUCUCAAACCUGCGAAGAUGCGUGGAGUCCUCUCCGAGGGGAUGGUGAUGUGCGCUUCUACCCCGGACAAAGUCGAGCCAAUCAGACCGCCGAAAAACGCGGUGCCUGGGGACAGGGUCACUUGGACGGGUCGACCGGAGGCGGAUUACCCGAAUCCCGAAGGCGUUCUCAAUCCCAAGAAGAAGAUCUGGGAACGCAUCGCACCUGAUCUCAAGUUGAACGGGAACGGUGAAACCGUGUGGAUGUCGAAACAGCUCGAAGUUCGCGGGAAGGGCUACCUCGUGGCUGAUUCCCUCAAAGACGCACAAGUGCGGUGAAACGCGAAGCCUCGAUGUUUCUUCACUCGAAUAAACGUGGAUAGUAUCGGGAAUCCUUCCUCCCGAUCCCCGUA